UUGCUAUUUCCCUACUUCUCUUCUGAGUGCUUCAGGAGUUCUCUCGACCAUGCCCGAGCCCGCCAAGUCGGCGCCCGCCCCGAAGAAGGGCUCCAAGAAGGCGGUGACCAAGGCGCAGAAGAAGGACGGCAAGAAGCGCAAGCGCAGCCGCAAGGAGAGCUACUCGGUGUACGUGUACAAGGUGCUCAAGCAGGUGCACCCCGACACCGGCAUCUCGUCCAAGGCCAUGGGCAUCAUGAACUCGUUCGUCAACGACAUCUUCGAGCGCAUCGCGGGCGAGGCGUCGCGCCUGGCGCAUUACAACAAGCGCUCGACCAUCACGUCCCGCGAGAUCCAGACGGCCGUGCGCCUGCUGCUGCCCGGCGAGCUGGCCAAGCACGCCGUGUCCGAGGGCACCAAGGCCGUCACCAAGUACACCAGCUCCAAGUAGACGCGCGCGCACGCGGCCUCACUCCUGACCCAAAGGCUCUUUUCAGAGCCACCCACAAUGUCUCAAAGACCUGUAGCUCCAAAAGCGGUGCAAAUGUUUCAGGCAAGAAGCCUGCCCCUCCCCGCCUUGUUAGUAAAAGUUGUCUAUGCAACUGGGAUAUUUGCUGCUGCGGUAGUUAGCAAAGAGAAGGUGGCCUAGUCUGAUUUGCUCUCUUAAUCUUUCAUCGCCUGGUUAAGGCAGUAAGUACCUGUCCUCAGUUUCAUAUUUUUAUCCAAACCCACAGAAAGAGCCCCUGGAUUGUUUUGAGCAGCUAAAUAGUACAUUUUGGCAAGGUCCAGAUUGUCUGACCACCCUGUAGAGUUUUAAAUUCAGCUAAUAUCCGAGCGUAUAGAGAACUGCAGGAGUCGCUGAGGGCGUGGAGAAAGUGUCCAUUGUGUAAAUUUCUCAGCUACCGGGAAUUCCUCGGCAGGGAGGGCCUUGAUUGUGCCUCCAGGGUCAGUUUCAUUCAAACCCCAAGGGCUCCCAGAGUUCCCCUACCCUUGUCCAGAGCUUCUUUUUUCGUUAGCUUUUCAUCUCCUAGGACUUUAUUCUAAGAUUUCACAGGAUUUAACAUUGGUGUGCUCCAGCAUGUCGCUGAUUUUAUCCUACAAUCGCCUCAGAAGGAAUCUCCAAUUUACAGGCAAAGGACUGAGACUUCAGGUUGAGUACUAGGCCCUUGCUCAUCAGUCGAGUUGUCAGGACUUACCACAGUGUUUGUCAGGCUUUUUCUCAAGGAAGAGGCUGGUCAUAGGAAUGGGGAAACCGUCAAAGGCAAGUAGAUGGUUAGAAUGAGAGGAAAGUAGAAGUGGCCAGGAGACACACGUGUUGUGUUCUCUGAGGCCCAGCAAAAUCCUUGCCAGCUAAAGUUUAAGAUAGACAUCAAGGUGGGAAUGUAAGGAUCGCCUGGCAGCCAAUCAAACCUCAGAACUGCGGUGUGAAGGGGGAAUCGUGGCCAUUGGCAGAGUAACUCUGAGCUUAAAGAGCUCAUUUUCUCCUUAUGAGCAACAUGGAGUUUCAUGUCUUUUUUCUGCAAAUGACUCGGUAACAGAUCCCUAUGAACGUGCAGGAAUGACUCGGUUUCGUAAUGGACUUUGUGAAGAAAACUCCUGGGGCCCACAUAUUGUGAAGGCAUUUAUUUCUUCCUCUCCAGAGCACGUUGAAAAUACAUUUUUGAAAAACAGUGUGUUCAUAAAAAGAAACAAGAAGCCGAGUCCUUGCUUUAUUCAAGGUAAGAGAACACACUCACAUUGUGAAAUGCGUUUGCUUUUCAGCUGGAGGCUGGAAACGUGCUUGUUGCCAAGCAACAUGUUGAUUGUGUGCCUCUUUCCAGGAUAAACACUGUGCUCACAGAACACUUGCCUGUUGCGAGUGACCGCAUCCCUUUCUUUAGUCUAAAGUAAAGCCAGGAUAGCUUUUAAUUUUUUUCAAAAACCCUAUAUAAUAAAGAGGUGAUAUGCAAAUUGACCCUCACGCCAUCACAAGAUGGUUGCACCCACAGCAGAAGCGGGCUUUCCAUAAGGAGCUGAAACAAGAGAUCAGCAGGGGCCUGAGGCUCCGUGGCGCUGGGGCCAGGGCGGGAGACCUCAGGCAGCAUCCCCAGCCCAGGGGGAUUGAUGGGGACCUCAAGCCACACCCCCCACCAGGCCAGGGGACCUGAGGGUACGCUGGGGACCUAAGGCUGCAUCCUCACCCAGCACUGGGCUGAGAGACCUGAGGCUGCACCCCCCACCUAGCGGGGCUUGACGAGGGUGGGCCAGUGGGCCUCCGUCUCACCCAAUGGGGGUGGGGCUGGCUGGGGCUGGGUCUCACCCAAUUUUGAGGUGCAUGCAGGAGGGUGGGGACUUGACUCUG